GUUGGAAUUGGCGGUGGGGAGGAGAGCAAGUGCAAUCACAGUAUCUAUAUUCUAUACUUGCCCUACGUUCAAUUUGACGAAUUAACGCUAUUGCUCGUGAGCAUCAUAUUUGUUUUUGUUUGUCAUUUGAUAAACGAGGAUAAAAUAAUUCCAAGAGCGCUGUAAGCUUCAAAGUAAACGCAGGGUUGAAUUAAAUAAUAUUUUUGCUCUAGAUUAUACAUACGUACAUAACCCCAGUGAUGAAGAUAACCAAAAGGAAAGAUCCGUUUUCAAAAGACCGAAAUAUGAUUAAUUAGUCCUCUAUAAAUCUCAUUCUUCUGUUGGACAUGUCGGAACGUUGUGUAUCCAAUGUGAAUUUUCUAUAAAACGAAUGCAGUGUGAACCGUCCAUAACGCGACAGAAGCUCCUGUAACUCUGUUUACAGUUUAUGACAGGUUAUCGCUUUUCAAAUAGUCUUGUGGAGAACGUCGUGUUAAACAGAAAGAUUAUGUCGCGAAAGAAGCACAAUAUAUCGUACAUCAAGCCAGAUGAACCAAAAUUUCUACGGGAGCUGAAGGAGCAAAUUGGAUACAAGGAAGGCCCUACUGUCGACACGAAGAGGGAAGCCCUACCAGAAGUAUCUGACGAUGAAAAGGAAGACUUGGUCGAUGAAAAACCUGUUGUCGUCGUAUUGAAGUCUGGGGAUUUAACAGCGGAAGAAGCAGACGCCUUUAUACAACAGAAAGAAGAAGAAGAAAUUAAUGCCCCAGCUGAUCUAUCUAAAAAGGUCAUGUUUCGCAAGACUAAAGCGGCAGAAACGGAUUCCGACGCAGCUGCCACGGAUAAACCUGUGAAAAAAAGGCGAAAAAAGAAGCAAAAAGUCAUACUAUCCUUCGAUAAUGACGAUGACGAGGACGAUAUUGGAUAGUAUUGAAUGUGAAAUCCCACUUGAAUGUAUAUAUUAUGUCGAGGAGUGUUUAUGAAUAUUUUUUGUAAAUAGUAAAAGUGAUGUACAUUGUAAUUGAGAAAUUUACAUGAAUUAUUAUUACUAUUAUUUUAUUGAUUUAAGAAUCAUUGCUAAUAUUGCCAGAGAACAUGUGUAAAGAAAAACCAAGUGACCAAUAUAAAGGGAUAUUUUAUAAGAACGAAUUUUUGAUGUAUAAAUAUAAACAUGACAGCUAAUAUUUUUAA